AAUAUGACCACCUCUUUGUUCCCUGUACAUAGYUUGCCUCUGYUWGCAUCAUAAMAGGAGCAGGUAAACAGAAGGUUGGAGCGAUUUGCAACAUUGUGGGAUAUUAUGGGAUUGGRUUUCCUGUCGGUGUGCCACUCAUGUUUGCAGCUAAGUUAGGAAUCAAAGGUCUGUGGACCGGAUUGUUUACUUGUGUAUCACUGCAGUGUGUAUUCCUCAUUUUUUAUCUGGUCAGAAUGAACUGGAAAACAGCUACAGAGGAGGCUCAGGUCAGAGCAGGCGUYUGUGAAACCUCCAACGACACAAGUCCACAACCCGAGGAUGCAGAGGACUCACUGGAUCAAACAGACACCGCUGACCCGGCUGCUGGUCAGGAGCGACCUGCAGAAGUCAGAAGACUAAAAUGCAGCUUCUCAAAUAUGACUCCGCUCUGUCGAAGGCUUCUGGCUCUGGCUGUUAUGCUACAGAUCCUGGCUAUUGGAAUCAUCAUAAACCUGGUGCUGACAUGACAGUGAGCCACCGAAGUUAGGGCGCUGCUUCUUUUUACCACCAGUGCUGAAUAAUAAUGUUGGCGCUGCGGGACAAAGCAGGACAGGGGACGGGCACAUGUUGAGAUGAGCAGGAUAAGAUGGCAGAAGGAGAAAAUGGGGCAUAAUCAGUAAACAUAUCCUCUGCACUUUGCAACUUCGCGAUGUUCCUUUGAUUAUCGCAGUGUGCAAUCGUGCCACCACGUACUGUCAGCGAGCUAACGAACGGGAGUAAAACAAUUAACAGAA